UUGUUAAAAAAAUCCACACUUUCAUACUUCCUCUACUUAAAGGACACUCCUCUAACUCUCUUUCCACUGAGAAAAAAAUUCCCAGAUUUUUCCUUCGAUUUCCUUGCGUUUUCUUGCCCUGUCUCGUAGAAUGGACGCAUUUGAUAUCAAACUCGAAAAGCGAAACGCGAUGUCGAAGCAACACCAGUUGUGCAAGGUAGCCAACUUGUUGAGGUUCGUUGAAGUCUGUGUCCUUCUCGUGUUGAUUUCCCGGUUCACAACUCAUCUCCCCGUCGCCUUCGGCAAGUAUUUCCGUGGGUUAUCAGUUCUUUUAGUCAGCCCCCGGUUCGUGUUCGUCGUCGGUAACGUUAUUGUCAUCACUCUCUUCGCAAAGGCCGGGCAGUUUUCGGCUUCGAGGACCGAUCUUUACGAGGAGUUCGUCGAGGCUAGGGAGAAAAAUCACUCGGUUCAUCGAUAUGAAACAGAGAGAAAAAGUGUACCGUCGGGCGAAGAGAAGAGAAUAAUUAGUCUCAACGUAAAUACUCCGAAGGGAACGAAGAGUAUGCGAAGAACGAAAUCAGAGAAUCUGAAAAGAAAAAGUGAUCACAAACAACAUUGCAACCAACUUCAGAGAUUGGGAUCGGAAAAGUACGUCAAACACGGCGAUCCCGAAGAGGAACCGGCGAAGAGUUCGUGUCCGGAGGAUGGAAUGAGCAACGAGCAGUUCCGAAACACGAUCGAGGCCUUCAUUGCCAGGCAAAAGAAGCUACUAAGGGAAGAAGAAUACUCGGUGAUUUAUAAAGAUUUAGAGUGAA